AUGUUAACAAUGAUUGUAAUUGAUUAUAUCGAAGCAAAAUUUCCAUUAAGAGGUGAACCAUCAGCACCAAAUGCUCCAUGGCCACAACCUCAAUAUUUAAAUGUUAGUUCUGAUUAUAUUUAUAUUGAUCCAGAAUUUUUUAUUGUCUAUUCCAACCUAAAAAAUUGUGAUAUUAUUGAUAAAGCUAUUGAACGUUAUAAACCAAUAUUUUUUCCACCAAAAUUAUCAAUUCAAAUUCCAAAUAUAUUUCAUGAAGAUCAAAUUUUUCUAUCAGUUUCUAUUCUUGUAAAAUCAAAAAAAUGUCAUACAUAUCCACAACUUCAUGACGAUCAAUCUUAUAGUAUUACAAUUGAAAAUUCUUAUGGAAUUAUUUUUGCUGAAAAUGUUUGGGGUGCACUUAAUGGUCUUGAAACAUUUUCACAAUUACUUUUUAUUAAUGAAAAUAAUUAUUUAGUAACAAAUGCUUCAAUAUAUAUUCAUGAUUGGCCUCGUUUUCCAUAUCGUGGUAUUCUUUUGGAUACAGCUCGUCAUUUUCUACCUGUUCCAAUAAUUAAACAACAUUUAGAUGCAAUGGUGUACAAUAAAUUUAAUGUUUUUCAUUGGCAUAUUACCGAUGAUCAAUCAUGGCCGUUUGUUUCUCAAAAAUUCCCACAAUUAACUGAAAAAGGUGCAUUCUCAUCUGAUCAUGUUUAUACACCUGAUGAUGUUCAAGAUAUUAUUGAACAUGCACGUCUUCGUGGCAUUCGUACAAUACCUGAAUUUGAUACACCAGGUCAUGUCGCUGCUCUUGGACGUGCAUUUCCUGAAUUUUUAACUGAUUGUUAUAAUGGUUCAAUAGCAGGUCAAGCUAUUUAUGGUGUACAUGCUGAACGAGAAAUUCUUGAUCCAACAAAAGAAGAAGUUUAUAAAUUUAUGAAUGAAUUUUUAAAAGAAGUAAAAAAUAUUUUUAAAUAUGAAUCAUAUAUACAUCUUGGUAUGGAUGAAGUUUAUCCAGCUUGUUGGAUGUCAAAUCCAAAUAUUCAAAAUUUUUUAAAAGAAAAUAAUAUGUCGAAUGGAACAGAUUUAAUGACAUAUUAUUCAAAAGAAAUUCUUAAAUUAAUGAAAUCAAUUGGUGGUAAAUCAAUGGUAUGGCAAGAUAUAUGGGAUGAUGGUGUUAAAUUACCAUCAGAUACUGUUAUUGAAAUAUGGAAAGAUACUUCACUUUUAUCUAAUAGUCCAUCGUGGUCUUAUUAUUUAUCAAAAGCUACAAGUGAAGGAUAUGAUGCUGUUCUUGCUGCUCCAUUUUAUUUAAAUAUGAUUAGCUAUGGUAAAUAUAAUACACCUGAAUCGGUAAUGAAUUUAGAAUUUUUUAAAUGGUAUAAUAUUGAUUUAUUUGAAAAUUUUACUGGUGAUAAUAUUGCUCGACAACGAUUAAUUGGUGGUGAAGCUGCACUUUGGGCAGAAUUUAUUGAUGGUACUAAUAGUUUAUCUCGUUUAUGGCCUCGAGUAUCAGCUGUUGCUGAACGUUUAUGGAGUUCAAUUUAUGUAAAUAAUCCAGAAGAUGCUCAAUUUCGACUUGAUGUUCAUCGAUGUCGAAUGCUUAGACGUGGUAUUCCAGCUGCACCAAUACUUAAUGGUUAUUGUGGUUCAUAUGAAGUAGGAAUGAAACAUUCGAUGGUUAAUGAACCUAUUUUUAAUUAUAUUAAUUGA